CGCACAUCAUGUUUAGGGGCGAGGGGAGUCUCCCUGCCCGGGAACCCGGUCAGCGGCCCCGGCUGCCGCGGUCUCCGCCUCUGGGAAGGUAGGACUGUGCCGCAGGGGCUCCGAGGGGCCUGAGUGCGCCCCUCUCCCCGGCCCGGGUCGCCCGCGCACCAUCCCCGGCGCUCUCGGGCAGGGCAGUCCCUGUUGUGGGGGCACGGGCUCAGACCCCGCUGCGGGUGCCGGGGCUCGGUGGAAAGGGUGCCUCGGGAGGGAUCGGGGAGGCGGGGGUCGUUGUUCGGGAGGGGACCUGUCGCGGAGAAGGGGACGCUCCGGGCGGGAGGCCCCGGGAGGCGCUCUGCGGAGGGCAGCAGCUGCCAGGCUUGCCCGGGCGCUGCGCGCUGCCCUCGGCGCGGCACGGACCGCGAUCGUGACCGCGGCACGGCGAUCUGUAACACUGAUUGCUGCCUGUGCCAGCGGCGUCUCUUCUUUUCAGUCGCAUCUCGCAGUUAGAAGAACGAAAGGCAGUAUGUGACUCAGUUUCCCUGUGAGGACUGGCGGCAACUGGGCGAUAAGAGUUUGGGAGCCUGUGGGUUGCAUAAUAAAAAGGAGCUUUAUAAGCCAGAAGUAUUUGCUGAUAAAGUAGCUGGGAAGCACCAAUCUUCGGCAUUAAGUCAUCAGAUAGUCUCCCAUCAAACACAACCUGAACUGCUGAGAUCUGAAAUGCUGUAGUCCAUCACAAGCCGGUUGGAUUUUCCCCAUCUUACUGCACCUCGCAGGUCUCUUCUCUGAGCAGUACGUUGCCUGAGUGAGUGGAAACAUACAGAUCAGCUGCAGGUUUCUAUCUACAAAAACAGAGUGAAAGAGAAAGAAAAGGGUUGGGAAAGCAGAGACAAAUAUUGACCUGGACUUAGAGAAAGACAUCCAAUGGCUGAAUAAAGAACCCUGUUCAUGUUUUGGGAUAUUCUUUCAACUGGCUGGAACGAGAGCGGAUCAAAAGAAUGGGAAAUGCCAGCAGACCCUUUAGAAGAAUUGCUUAUUUCUUAUGCCUUUUAUCUGUGCUUUUGCUGACUGAAGGGAAGAAACCAGUGAAGCCAAAAUGUCCUGCCUGGUGUACUUGUACCAAAGAUAAUGCUUUAUGUGAAAAUGCCAGAUCUAUUCCUCGCAGCGUUCCGCCUGAUGUUAUCUCACUAUCCUUUGUGAGAUCUGCUUUUACUAAAAUCCCAGAAGGGAGUUUUUUGCUCACACCAUCUCUGCAGCUUCUGUUGUUUACGUCCAACACUUUUGAUGUUAUUAGUGAUGAUGCUUUCAUGGGCCUUCCUCAUCUAGAAUAUUUGUUCAUAGAGAACAACAACAUUAAGUCAAUUUCAAGAAAUACUUUCAGAGGACUGAAAUCUUUAAUUCACCUGAGUCUUGCAAAUAAUAAUCUCCAGUCACUUCCAAAAGACAUAUUUAAAGGCUUGGAUUCUUUAACAAAUGUAGAUCUUAGAGGCAAUGCAUUUAAUUGUGACUGCAAACUGAAGUGGUUAGUGGAAUGGCUGGGCAGCACCAAUGCAACUGUUGAAGACAUUUACUGUGAAAGCCCACCAGUAUAUAAGAAGCGCAAGAUCAAUAGCCUCUCUCCAAAUGAGUUUGAUUGCAUUAUUACAGAAUUUGAAGUUUAUCAGUCCCUGCCAUACCAAUCUCUGUCAGUAGAUACUUUCUCAUAUAUGAAUGAUGAACAUGUGGUUAUUGCUCAGCCUUUUACUGGAAAAUGCAUCUUUCUUGAAUGGGACCAUGUGGAAGUGAUGUUCAGGAAUUACGACAACAUUACAGGUACUUCAACUGUUGUGUGUAAACCUAUAGUUAUUGAGAGUCAGCUGUAUGUCAUUGUCGCACAGCUGUUUGGAGGCUCCCACAUAUAUAAAAGAGAUAUUUUUGCUAAUAAGUUUAUAAAAAUUCAAGAUAUUGAAAUCCUUAAAAUCCGAAAACCCAAUGACAUUGAAACUUUCAGGAUUGCUGAAGACUGGUAUUUUGUUGUUGCAGACAGUUCAAAGGCUGGUUUCACCACGGUUUACAAAUGGAAUGGGAAUGGAUUUUAUUCCCAUCAGUCUCUGCAUGCCUGGUACAGAGAUACUGAUGUGGAGUAUCUUGAAAUAUCUGGCAAACCACAUUUAAUUCUGUCAAGUAGUUCACAAAGACCUGUAAUAUAUCAAUGGAACAAAGGAACAAAUGAAUUUGUUAAGCGGUUUGAUAUUCAAGAUAUGGAAGAUGCAUAUGCAGUGAAGCAUUUCAAGGUGAAAGAGGAUGUAUACAUUUGCUUAACAAGAUUUAUUGGGGACUCUAAAGUAAUGAAAUGGGGUGGUUCAGCAUUUCUGGAUUUACAAAGGAUGCCAUCCCGAGGGUCAAUGGUAUUCCAACCGCUUCAGAUAAAUAAUUAUCAAUAUGCCAUUCUUGGAAGUGAUUAUUCUUUCACUCAAGUCUAUUAUUGGGAUGCAGAAAAGGCAAAAUUUGUGAAGUUUCAAGAAUUAAACGUGCAGGCACCAAGAUCUUUCAUACAUGUCUCCAUCGAUAGACGAGAUUUUCUCUUUGCAUCAAGUUUUAAGGGAACUACAUUGAUUUAUAAACAUGUCAUAGUUGACUUAAGCGCAUGACACUCAUAAUUCUGAGAUUACAUCAGACUUCCUACCGUAAGCGGACAAAAUGAACUAAAUGCAUGAUGACUCUCUUAUCUUACUUCCAAAUGAAUGCCUUUAAAAGUUGAGAUUGCUAGAACAAAGUAUUACUAGUAUCUUCAUCUUUAAUUGUCAAGUCUAGUGGUGUUGGAAGUUGCAUUUUUUUAACAAAAAGAAAUUAAAUUAACUGUUCUUUGCAUCCACAAUAUGUAAAUACAUGUGCAACUGCAUCUGUUGCUAUAAAGAAUAUUAAGAUGUACUUUUCCAUUUAUUUAUUCACCUGUUUGAAACAACUGCCAAAUAAAAUGUUUACAUUUUGUGUCUUUCACAUUCCAAA